GGCAAGGUUCCCUAUACAUGGCAGCUAGAAGUGUCUGAGGCACUUCUGUUAGGUCUCGACUGUUCAGUCAUUGCUGGUACCGGCACUGGCAAGACAAUGCCUUUCGUGCUCCCAUUACUUGCACAACCAAACAAACAUGUACUCAUCAUAUCCCCACUUGAUGCUCUUGAGGCAGACCAGGCCGAAAAAUUCCGAGACAUAAAUCUUAUGGCUGUAGCAGUGAAUGGCAACUUGUACAAUCAACAUCUACAUCAAGUA